AUGGUUUUAAGGCAAUUAUUUUGUGUUGUGUUUGUGAUCUUAUUGCUAUCACUGGCUUCACCAUUGAUGAGAAUCAACGCAAGACGAAUACGUAAGCCAGAUAAUGGAGAGGAUGACCAAAAAGGGUUACCGAGUAUGCUACCAAGAGGUAUAGUGCCACCUUCAGGUCCAUCACCAUGCCAUAACAUGCUUUAUCACAAGCCAACCCGUUUUGCUCCACCUCCACCUCCACCUCCUUUUGAUCCGCCGGUGCCAUCAUCUCCUCCAUUUACUCCGCCUCCUCUUACCCCUCCGUUUCCUUUUCUGUUUGAUCCUCCUCCUCCGCCUGCAGACGAGAUCAUCUGUCCGUGA